AUGGACUCUUCGCCCGCUACUACACCAGUAGAGGACAGCAAAACGGCCACCAUCCACUCGAAAUUCCGAGCUACUCUCGUUAUUGCUCAGUUAUUGGGCUUGAACCUCUUUAGCAGCUUCUGCAAUGGUGUCGUCGUUGUCGGCCUACCAGCUAUGGCGGCCUCCUUGCAUAUCAACGAGGGACUGCUUGUCUGGCCUACCUCAGUCUUUUACCUAACUGCAGGCUCAUGUCUGUUGCUGGCUGGCUCCAUCGCCGACGUAGUCGGCACCAAGACUAUGAGCUUGAUAGGGGCCUUCACUGCUGCCCUCUCUACCAUGGCCUGCGGUUUGGCCCAAAAUAGUGACCAAUUAAUAGCCUUUCGCGCAUUACAGGGCAUCACGAACGCCAUCAUCGUUCCUUCGUCCGUCUCCAUCAUCUCGACUAGCUUAGAGGAGGGAAGGCCGCGCAACCUAGGUUUUGCGUGCUUGGGCUUCGCUGGCCCGAUCGGAUUCUCUCUUGGCCUAGUCCUUGGUGGUGUCUUCACUGAUAGCACUGGCUGGAGGUCCGCAUUCUAUCUCGCCGCAGCCGCCACUUUCGCUUUAUUUUUGGCCGGCAUUUGGGCGUUGCCAAAGGAUGCUGUCCGUCCAAGAAAGUCGGUUUGGUCGAGGAUUCUAACGGAAAUCGACAUCAUUGGGGCAUUCAUCGGGACUGCAAGUUUGGUGAUGCUGUCCUAUGUUCUAGCAGUCUUGUCUGCCGACAUCCAUAGUAUACACAAGGCAUCUACCAUUGUCCUUCUGGUCGUCAGUGCCAUCUUGAUCCCUGUGUUCGUAGGAUGGAUGCAAUACCAGGAAAAGCACCAGCGCAAUGCACUUAUUCCCAAUUCGCUGUGGAAAAACUGGGUGUUCACCAGUUGUUGCCUGAUGGUUCUACUCACCACAGCUGUGUGCAAUUGUAUGGAGUUGUAUAGCAGUCUCUUCUUCCAGCAAGUACAACGUCGAUCGGCGCUGCAUGCUUCACUGCAGAUUCUCCCGUCUCUUAUAUCAGGAGCAUUAACUAACAUAUCGACCGGCAUAUUUGUAAAUCGUAUGCCAGUCAUGUGGUCUGUACUCAUCUCCUCGACGAUUAGCGCAGUCGCGCCACUUCUCAUGGCCCUGAUCAAUCCCGACUGGCCUUAUUGGUACGAUGCUUUUUUCGCCCAGAUCCUAACUCCAUUGAGCUGCGAUAUCCUCUUCACAGUUGGCCUCCUCGUCGUGUCAGACGUUUUCCCCACACACAUGCAGGCUUUGAGCGGAGCAGUCUUCAACACUUGCGCACAGCUUGGUACUGCCAUUGGCCUAACCGUUACCUCGCUCAUCGCGACCUCUGUAACCAAUGCAUUUCCUGAUGCUGAUAAAGCCUCACCCGGUGCCCUUAUGGUUGGGUAUCGUGCCGUCUUCUGGACCAUGUUCGCCGCCAUGGCCUUGGUCUCCGUGCUAAGUGUGCUUGGAUUACGAACAGUAAAACAAUUAGGGGUUAAGAGAGAUUGA